AUGUCCCAAGUAUUACAAAGAACUGCAACUACUUCCGCUAAACCUAACUACUUAUUUAAAGCUUUUAUUAAUGCCAAAAGAUUACAGUCUACUUUGACUUUAAAGGAGACUUUUGCGAAUCAAAUCCCAGCUAAAAUAGAGGAGAUUAAAUCCUUUAAGAAAAAACACGGGAAAACUGUCAUUGAUCAAGUCACCCUAGACCAGGCGUACGGUGGUAUGCGUGGUGUUAAAUCUAUGGUGUGGGAAGGUUCUGUUCUUGACCCAGAAGAAGGUAUCAGAUUCAGAGGUUUGACCAUCCCAGAAAUUAAAGCUAAAUUACCACAUGGUCCAGGUGACUCUCAAGAACCAUUACCAGAAGGUUUGUUUUGGUUGGUCUUAACUGGUGAAAUUCCAACCGAAGAACAAGUUAGACAAUUGUCUGCAGAUUUGGCUUCCCGUUCUGAAUUACCUGAACAUGUUACCAAUUUAUUGGACUCUUUACCAAAAAAUUUACACCCCAUGGCUCAAUUUUCUAUCGCUGUAAACGCAUUAGAAAGUGAAUCUAAAUUUGCCAAGGCUUAUGCUUCUGGUGUAAGCAAGACUGAAUAUUGGAACUACACUUUUGAAGACUCCUUAGAUUUACUAGGUAAAUUGCCAAUGAUUGCAUCUAAGAUCUACCGAAACGUUUUCAAGGAUGGCAAGAUUGGUUCUAUUGACUUAAAUAAGGAUUACGGUGCCAAUUUGGCCAACUUACUAGGUUUUGAAAACAAAGAUUUCACCGAAUUAAUGAGAUUGUACUUGACCAUCCACUCUGACCAUGAAGGUGGUAACGUCUCUGCCCAUACUAGUCAUCUAGUUGGUUCCGCGUUAUCAUCUCCUUAUCUAUCCUUUGCAGCUGGUAUGAAUGGUCUUGCUGGUCCACUACACGGUCGUGCUAAUCAGGAAGUGUUGGAAUGGCUAUUUAAAUUAAGGGAAGAAGUUAACGGUGAUUACUCUAAAGAGUCUAUUGAAAAAUACUUAUGGGACACUUUGAAUUCCGGUAGAGUCAUUCCAGGGUAUGGCCAUGCUGUCUUAAGAAAGACUGAUCCACGUUACACUGCCCAACGUGAUUUUGCACAAAGACACUUCCCAGAAUACGAAUUAUUCAAAUUGGUUUCUACUAUCUAUGAAGUUGCUCCUAAGGUGUUAACUAAGCACGGUAAGACCAAAAACCCAUGGCCAAAUGUAGAUUCUCACUCUGGUGUAUUGUUACAAUACUAUGGUUUGACCGAAGCAUCCUUCUAUACUGUAUUAUUUGGUGUUUCAAGAGCCUUUGGUGUAUUACCACAAUUAAUUAUUGAUAGGGCUGUUGGUGCUCCAAUUGAAAGACCAAAAUCCUUUUCCACUGAAAAAUAUAAGCAAUUAAUUGCUCAAAUUGAAGCUGGCUCCAAAUAA